AUGGACAAAGUGAUAAGUGAGCGCCCCAACAGCAAUGGUAAGAUAAGGCCUGUCGAUGCUGGAGUACAAAUCGAAAAUCGGAAGACAGAGGUAGCAACUCCUUUGCCUGCUGAUCAAGUUGUAAUUGGCCUGCUACCUGCUACUGAAUCGUCGACUGAAUCAACACCGCCAAUUGCACAAGGAAAUCAGGUGGCUCUAGAUGAUAAGAACAUGACAGCAACCCCUCCGGCACUAAACAAUCCAGCACCACUGCCAGCUCAGAUAGCCGGGGAAGUAAUUGACCCAGCACCUGAUACUGAAUCCUCAUCGGAAUCCUCAGUACCAUUGCUUAAUGAGAUCACCGCGGUUCCAGCCGUGCACACACAAAAUGUGGAGACCAUCGAUCUCACAAUUAGUUCCGACGAAAUCUUCCCAAAUGCGAACCAGCAUAUGGAUUUCCAGCCACAGCCCGACAAAAUCGACACCGCAUCACCGGAGACCGAAAUUGUUAUCAAAAGCAGCCAAAACGCGAUCGAAUCCACUCAAUCCCUAACCCAAAUUCCGAUAGUGACAGUGGUAUCUUCCUCUCCGACAGAAGAAUUGGUCAAUAGGAAACGCAAAUAUACUACUUCCCCUAACGAUUCGUCUACUGUCAACGAGGCGAUGGAAUCUAUCACGAAGAAACCACGUUUAUCUCCGCCUUCAUCACCCAUCCAAUGUACGGUAAACCAACCAACAAAUCUAACUCCUCUCAAAGCACCUGAUUUGUGUGCAUCCACGGAGGUACAAAUCGAAGAAGAGAGGAUCUUGUGCAGUACACAUGAGCACGACAGUGAUAGCAUCGACGGCGUCUACAGUGUCGUGUCAUCAGGUGGACCAGAUAUCCACGUAGAUGGCAAUGCGGCAGAUGUCAAUGGAACCAGUGACCAACAUCACGAUGGUGAGAGCGUCGAUGAUUUCUACAGUGUCACAUCAUCGCAUGGGCCAGGCAUCAAUGUAGAUGGCAUUUCGGUAGAUAUCACUGGAACCAGCGGUCAACAGCAUGAACCUCCGCCUUCGCCACAAGCACAUGACGUUCCAUCCUUUCCUGAUCAUGAUUCUCAGGCAGAAGUAGAAGUGGUAGAUCUGACAGUACCCGACGGUCAACAAAUUGCGUCCUCGUCUUCACAAGAAAUCCACAACGGCCAAUCAUCACCUAAACCAGAUGUCCAGGCACAGGAACAAUCAUCGAACAAAGAAAAGCCCCUAGAGCCACAGGCACAAUCGUCGAGUACUCAGGAACCCCUCGAGCCACAGACGACAUCCCAAUCUUCACUGCCCUCACAAGUACCUACUACAACCACUCCUCCCGCUGAGCAUCCAUCAAUCAGCCCAGCCAUCUCACAAGCUCCCACCAAACCCACCCCUACCGUGGAAAAUCCCCAACCCAGUCCCACCACUACCGACAUUCCAGCUCCCAACCCCCCAGACACUGCCCCAAAGAAGCGUCCUCAGCCAAAGAAAAAGCCCAAAGCGAAAGCUAAGCCCAAGGCCAAACCGAAACCAAAGCCAAACCCACCCCCAAAAACAGUCGAGGACGGUAACGACAACGACGACGGGGGUGAUGGGGGAAACAAAGAACCGAAGACGACGAAGAAGAAGAAGCAGGGAACGAAAAGGAAAGCGGACACCACGCCGCUAGACACGAGUCCUGUGGCCAAGAGGACGAGGAGUAGGACUAAGGCUUCGGGGGUGGGGUUGUAG